GACUCAGAAGCAGCAGUAAAAGAACGCGGAUCCGUCCCAGUACCACCCCAUCUCAGCAGUGCUAUACCAUAUAUUCUACUCCUUACCCUACCUACCUUGUCUCAACGCCCGUCGGUCGUGGUUCGUGCAUGCGUGCGUGCGUCCGUUCGUGAUAUACUAACAAGUGAAAGAGGAGCUCCCGCUCACGGAUGUAUUCGUGAAACGGAAAGUCGUUGCGGAAAAGGAUACAGGUGAAAUUGUUUCUUCUUCGGGGGAGCUGUUCAAAGAAUCCACGAAGUGACUAAGCGAAGUCAGUGUUCAAGAGAUUUAACAUAAAAGAUGGUGGUGUUGGUGGAGUGAUUCGCGUGCUUAGCGGAGAGUGAUCUCUGUAGGAUCAACCUGCGGCCGGCGCGACGCAGCCCUCGGCAAUUAGUGUUGGUGUAGAAACGAUCAACAAGUGGUUUGUUUGGGAGCGAGUGGUGUGUUGUUUUGAGCCGGUUUUUUUUUGGGAGGAGAGCGAGUAAACAAAACAACGCUUUUGGCGUCGUUGUCGUCGAAGUCGAAGUCGCGGACGGAUCAACAGACGGAGAGAGCGCCAAGCUCCGACAGUGAUAGCCAUGUAUGGAAGAUCGAGCAUAAAUUCCGUCGCUGGCGGUAGCGGUAGCGGUGAAGGUGGUGAUGGUGGAGCCCGCGACAUGGGCGGUAGAGCCCAAAGCCUCGUCAGCAGCGGCGGCGGCGGCACCAGCAGCAGUAGUGUUGGUGGCUGCAGCGAUUCUUCGACGUCCUCGUCGACGUCGUCGUUAGUUGAAUCCGGACCGCGUUCAAGUCGAGACGUUCGUCGCAGUAUCUCCUCGUGUAAUCAGAAAACCGGCAACGGUGGCAGUUGUUCUUCGGUGGACAAUCGAAUCGCCGCAGGCCCUCGAGUUCUGGGCAACCCGUCGUCGUCGGAGUUGUAUGAUCAAAAUAUUUUGAAGAAUCGGGCCAGUGUCCUCAGUCAACUGAGCAGUGUUUUCGGCCAGAGAAGCAACAACAGCAGCAGCAGAAGCAACAGUUUGGUGCAGCAGCGGCAGAACCCGCAGGGAUCCCAUCCCCAGUACUACCAGGAGCUCACGGCGCAGCAGCAUCCGCGCGAGUACGACGACCCGGAGGACGAGGAAGCCGAGAUGGAAGCGGAACGUGAACUGGCCGAGGAUGCCCAGUGGAAGCGGAUACAGCAGAACACCUUCACCCGGUGGGCCAACGAGCACCUGAAGAUCAUCGACAAGAACAUUGCCAGCCUGGAGUCCGACCUGUCGGACGGGCUGAAGCUGAUCGCCCUGAUCGAGGUGCUGUCGCAGAAGCGCAUGAGCAAACACAACAAACGGCCCACGUUCCGCAGCCAGAAGCUGGAGAAUGUCUCGGUGGCACUGAAGUUCCUCGAGUGCGAAGGGAUCAAGAUCGUCAAUAUCGAUUCGUCGGACAUCGUCGACUGCAAGCUGAAGCUGAUCAUGGGUCUGAUAUGGACGUUGAUCUUGCACUACUCGAUCUCGCUGCCGAUGUGGGAGGGCGACGACAGCGAGAAUCAGGCCAACGGCAACAACACCACCCCCAAGCAGCGACUCAUGAACUGGAUCCACCGGCUGGUUCCGGACCUGCCGAUCAACAACUUCACAAACGACUGGACCAGUGGCAAGGCCAUUGGUGCUCUGGUGGACGGAGUGGCCCCCGGUCUGUGCCCGGAUUGGCCCAUGUGGGAUCCAAAGGAUGCCGUCCAGAAUGCUACUGAGGCCAUGGGUCUGGCGGAUGAUUGGCUGGAUGUGAGGCAGCUCAUCCGACCGGAGGAAAUGGUCAACCCGAACAUUGACGAGCAGUCCAUGAUGACCUACCUGUCGCAAUAUCCCAACGCCAAACUGAAGCAAGGUGCUCCUCUGCGACCCAAAACCAACCCGAACAGUACUCCACCGCCGCGGGUUCGUGCGUACGGUCCCGGAAUCGAACCAACCGGACCGGUUGUCGGAGCCCCCGCUAAUUUCACGGUGGAAACGUUCUCCGCCGGUAAAGGAACCGUCGACGUGGCCGUCGUCAACCCGAACGGCAACUCCGAGAAGGUGGACUGCCGUUUCAACAACGACAAGAACCUCACCUACUCGUGUUCGUACGUGCCGAAGAUCGAGGGUCCCCACAAGGUGUACGUCAAGUUCUGUGGCCGCGAUAUCCCCAAGAGUCCCUACGAAGUGCUGGUGGACUGCCAGGCCGGGGAUCCAUCCAAGGUGACCGCCAGCGGUCCCGGUAUCCAACCGGACGGGGUAACCGUCAACAAGCAAACGUACUUUGAAAUUUCGACCAAGGACGCCGGCAAGGGGGUUCCCGAGGUGAUCAUCCUCGAUCCGGCAAACCACAAGACUUCGGUGGCGGCAAAACUUCGGCAGCUCGCUCAGAAUCAGUACCGGUGCGAGUACACCGCUAAUGAGGUUGGUUUGCACUCCGUCAAUGUGUUCUACAAUGGGCAGCAGAUCAAGAACAGCCCCUUCGGAGUUCGAGUGGCUCCGGUUUGUGAUCCCAAGAAGGUCAGAGCAAGCGGCCGUGGACUUCAACCGGUGGGAGUUCGUGUGAAUGACGAGGAUUGCACCUUCCGCAUCUACACGGAAGGUGCCGGCGAAGGCAUCCCAGAGGUAAAAGUGUUUGGUCCGGGAGGUGUCAUCCCCGAGUACAGCAUCCGGAAGGUCGACGGUACAACCUAUGAAGCUCAAUACAUUCCAUUGAAGGAGGGUCGCUACAAGAUUCUGGUGCUGUUCGGAGGAGUGGAGAUCCCCAAGUCUCCCUUCGAAGUUAAGGUUGGUCCACAGAAACAUACUUCAAUAGUGGCGUAUGGUCCCGGACUUAAAUCCGGAAUGGUGGGCAAUCCGGCAAGCUUCGUGGUGGAGACCAACGGUGAAACCGGUAAUCUGGGCUUCAGCAUAGCUGGCCCCUCGCAAGCAGAGAUUGAAUGCCAUGACAACGGGGAUGGUUCGGCUCUAGUCAAAUAUCAUCCAACCGCCCCGGGCGAAUACGCUGUACAUAUCCUUUGUGACAAUGAAGAUAUCCCGAAGAGUCCUUACAUUGCCCACAUCUUGCCCAAGGUGGAUGGCUUCCACCCCGAACUGGUCAAGGUCUUUGGACCCGGAAUCGAAAAGAACGGAAGCGUCAUUACUAACAAGCCGACUGAGUUCACGGUGGACGCCUCCAAAGCGGGAGACGCUCCGCUGGAGGUGAAGAUCAACGACGUGUUCGCCAACACUAUCCAGCACAAGUUCAUGAAGAACUCGGAUGGUACCAAGAAGGUGAUGUACACCGCUCCAACCGCUGACCCCGUCACCGUCGAAGUGAACUACGGAGGGGUCGCCAUCCCUGGAUCUCCAUUCCGAGUCAACGUGUCAACUCCGCUGGACCCAUCCAAGGUUCAAUUCUUCGGACCUUGGUUGGAAUCCGGCAAUCGCCCUAACGCAGCUACCCACUUCAACGUCGACGCUAGAAACGCUGGCAACGGACUGCUGGAGGUUAAUCUCGUCCACGAAGAAACCAAGCAGAAGGUUCCUGUGCGCAUAAUCGAUAACGACGACAACACCUACGCUGUGGAGGUGAUUCCUCCAUUGGCAGGGACGUACACCACGAACCUGGUCUACGGAGGACUCAAAGUCCCGAUCGCCCCGAAGGUCACCGUCAACCCAGCUGUGGACGUCUCCAAGAUCAAGGUCGAUGGCUUAGAACCAACGGCACCGUUGAACAGUCUUCAACAGUUCCGAGUGAUAACGAACGGCAUCGGCAAGGCCGAUCUUGCCGUUACGAUCACCAGCCCUUCGGGCAAUCGUAUCAAAGCGCACGUCAUUCCUACGGCCGAAGGUUUCCUGGUCAAUUUCACUCCCACCCAGCUCGGCGAGUACCUUCUCAGUGUAAGUUUCGGUGGUACACCGAUAACUCCCCAACCCUUCCGCCUGCAGUGUCUGGUAGGUUCCGAUUCGCGCAAGGUUCAGGCCAGCGGGCCUGGCUUGGUCAAGGGUAUCAUCAACCGUCCGGCGGAGUUCAUGAUCGAUACCCGAGGUGCCGGACAGGGUGGACUUGGAGUUACCGUCGAAGGUCCUUGCGAGGCGGCCAUCAACUGCAGGGAUAACGGAGAUGGGACGUGCAACGUAGCCUAUCUACCGACGGAGAUCGGAGACUACACCAUCAACAUCACCUUCAACGACGAUCACAUCGCCGGAUCUCCCUUCCAGGCGAUCAUCGUCCCCGAACCGAACCUGAGCCGAAUCCGGGUGUCCGGAAUGGGCAUCCAACCGCAUGGUGUCAUCAUGAACGCUCCAACCGACUUUAUGGUCGACAUGAGCAAGGUCGGAGACGACGUGGACAAGAGCAAACUCUCGUGCAACAUCUUCGAUCCGCGAGGCAACGAGAUCCCGAGCAAGCUGGUUCCCAGCGAUAACAGUGACAUCUUCCGGAUUAUGUACACACCGUUCGAGGCGGGUCGCCACACCAUCGACCUCCUGUACGACAAUGUCCCUGUCCCGGGAUCGCCAUUCGUAGUCAACGUCAAAUCCGGAUGUGACCCGACACGUUGUCGCGCUUACGGUCCAGGCCUAGAGCAUGCCCUCACGGACCAGUCGGCUACGUUCACGGUGGAAACUCGAGGUGCCGGUGCUGGAGGUCUAUCACUUGCCAUCGAAGGGCCUUCCGAAGCCAAGAUGAGCUGCACCGAUAACCGUGACGGAUCGUGCGACGUAGAGUACGUACCAACCGAACCGGGAGAGUACGACAUCACCAUCCGAUUCGCUGAAAAGCACAUCCCCGGAUCGCCGUUCAAGGUCAUCGUCAACGAAUCUACGCGCCCGGAGAAGGUCAAGGUAUACGGUCCGGGAAUCGAGCCCGGACAAGUUUACGAAGGUCUGCCGGCAGAGUUUUACAUCGACUGCGGCCAGGCCGGACCUGGCGCGGUCGCCGUCAAGCUCACCUCCUCCGACGGAAGCCCCAUCAAGGUGCACGUCGAAGACAAGGGUGACGGAGUCUACGCCGUAUCCUACAGUCCCCCGAAAGAAGGCUCAGUCCUCACGGCCAAGGUUCGCUUUGCCGACCAGGACGUCAGCUGCAGUCCGUUCGUUAUGACCGUGCAACCCGCUCCCGAGGACGCCUCUCCGUUCAAGGUCUACGGCGAUGCCGCCACCAAGAAGAAUCUCCCGGCGUCGCUGCCGGCCAAGUUCCAGAUCGAUGCUCCGAAAAAGGGCACCCCGGGAUCGACCGGUGCCAAGGAAGACAUCAACGUUAGUAUUAAGGGUCCCGACGGGAAGUCGCUGGUGCCCAAGAUGGAACAGGUCGAGGACGGCACGUACGCCGUGACGUUCGUUCCGGACGAGUGCGGACCUUACAAUGUCAGUAUUAAGUGCGGCGGAAAGGACGUGGUGGGAUCGCCCUUCCUGCUGCAGGCCAUCCCCACCGGGGAGGCGGAGAAAGUAAAACUGUUGGAAGCGAUUCCAACCAAUCAAGAAUACGGCAAGAAGAAUCACGUGGCCGUAGAUGCGCGCGAGGCUGGAACUGGUGCCGUCACGUGCAAGAUUGUGUCCCAUUCGGAAGCAGGGGACGUCGACCUGGAGGUGAUCGAGAAGGAUGGCUUCUUCGACAUCUUCUACACCCUCAAGGACCCGGGAGACUACGACCUGGACAUCAAGUUCGGCGGCCAGCACAUCCCCAACGGAACCUUCACCAUCAAGGCCGUUGAAAACGUCGAACAACAGGUCACUAGCACCACCAGCAGUACAACCAAAUCCUCAUCGGCCACCGUAUCGGAGAACCAGCAAAUCUACCAACACCAGGAAUCGUACGUAGAGCAGGUCUCGUCCGUGUCCAAAUCCAAACUAUUCCACCAGCAAACCGCGUGCGAGGAGUUCCUCGUCCGCGAACGCCAGCUAGUCAACGGCAGCAGCAGCAACAGCAACAACAAGUACGAAAACGGUUUGAGUAACGGUCAUCACGCUACCACAAACGGUAACCACGUGCACUCGUCGUCGGCGACUUCGGUUAACGCCGUUAACAAUACCAGUAGCAGCAGUAGUGUAAGCAAAACUAGUUCAGCAGUACAGGAAACCUGCACCACCAGCAGUAGUAGUACCAGCCAUAGCAGUAGUGCCGUUACUAGCACUGGUGCAGCUAAUCGGUUGCGCGAUUUCAAGCUCGAGCGGUUGAAUCUUCCGCAGACCGGGGGUGCAGUGAGCGCCGAAGUCAAGAUGCCCAGCGGAGAAGUAGACAAGCCUGUCAUCGACGACAACCACGAUGGAACCGUGUCGAUCCGGUACGACCCCAAGGAGGAAGGCAUCCACGAGCUGGCCGUCAAGUACAACGGCGAACACGUGCAGGGAUCUCCGUUCAAGUUCCACGUCGACAGCAUCUCCAGCGGCUACGUGACGGCCUACGGGCCUGGACUGACCCAUGGCGUGACCGGCGAACCGGCCCAGUUCACCAUCUCCACUAAGGGAGCCGGUGCCGGUGGACUGCAGAUGGCCGUCGAGGGCCCCAGCAAGGCCGAUAUCACCUACCACGACAACAAAGACGGCACCGUUUCCGUAUCCUACCUGCCAACGGCUCCCGGCGAGUACAAGAUCUCCGUUCGGUUCGGCGACAAGCACAUCAAGGGUUCGCCGUUCUUUGCCAAGAUCACCGGUGAGGGUCGCAAGCGUAACCAGAUCUCCGUGGGUUCCUGCUCUGAAGUCACCCUGCCCGGUGUGAUCUCCGAUCAGGAUCUCCGUUCCCUGAACGCCUCGAUCCAGGCUCCGUCCGGCCUGGAGGAGCCGUGCUUCCUGAAGCGCAUGCCCACCGGCAACAUUGGCAUCUCGUUCACGCCCCGAGAAAUCGGAGAACACACCGUGUCGGUCAAGCGACUUGGAAAGCACAUCGCCAACUCGCCCUUCAAAGUGAACGUGUGCGAACGUGAAGUGGGCGACGCCAAGAAGGUUGUCGUAACCGGUAAUGCCCUCCAAGAAGGCAAGACCCAUACCGAAAACGUCUUCUCCGUGGAUACCCGCAACGCUGGAUACGGCGGUCUGUCGCUAUCCAUUGAAGGACCUAGCAAAGCCGAAAUCCAGUGCACCGACAAGGAAGACGGUACCUUGAACAUCUCCUACAAACCAACCGAACCUGGCUACUACAUUGUCAACCUGAAGUUCGCCGAUCAUCAUGUUAACGGGUCACCCUUCACCGUCAAGGUUUCCGGCGAAGGCACCAACCGGCAACGCGAGAAGAUCCAACGCCAACGCGAUGCCGUCCCGGUUACCGAAGUCGGUAGCCAAUGUAAGCUGACGUUCAAAAUGCCAGGAAUUACCUCGUUCGAUCUGUCCGCAACCGUAACCUCGCCCGGUGGAGUCACGGAAGAUGCCGAAAUCCAGGAAAUCGAAGACGGCCUCUACGCGGUACACUUCGUCCCGAAGGAACUCGGCGUGCACACCGUAUCCGUCAAGUACAAGCAGAUCCAUAUCCCUGGAUCCCCAUUCCAGUUCACCGUCGGUCCACUGAAGGACACCGGUGCCCAUUUGGUGAAGGCCGGCGGACCAGGUCUGGAGCACGGUGAGCAGGGCAUGCCGUGCGAGUUCAACGUGUGGACCCGCGAAGCCGGCGGUGGCACCCUGGCCAUCUCCGUCGAGGGUCCCAGCAAGGCCGAAAUCGAGUUCAAGGACCGCAAGGACGGCUCGUGCGACGUAUCGUACGUCGUCAGCGAACCAGGUGACUACCGCAUUGGUCUGAAGUUCAACGACCGCCAUAUUCCGGACUCGCCCUUCAAGGUGUACGUUUCGCCGGCCAUGGGUGAAGCCCACAAGCUGGAGAUUGCUCAGUUCCCAAGUGGAGCGGUGCAAGCGGACAAGCCCGCGCAGUUCAUGGUCCGAAAGAACGGUGCCAAGGGUGACCUGGAUGCCAAGGUCGUAGCCCCAUCCAACAACGAGGACGAUUGCUUCAUCCAGCUGAUCGACCAGGACCAAUACUCGGUGCGUUUCUACCCGCGCGAGAACGGAAUCCACGCCAUCCACGUCAAGUUCAACGGAGUGCACAUCCCUGGAUCGCCAUACCGCAUCAAGGUCGGUAAGGACGACGUCGAUCCGGCUGCGGUGCACGCUUCCGGCAAGGGCCUCGGCGACAUCAAGACCGGCGAGAAGACGGACCUCAUCAUCGACACCUGCAACGCUGGCGCUGGAACCCUGGCCGUCACCAUCGAUGGACCCUCCAAGGUGGCUAUGGACUGUACCGAGGUCGAGGAAGGCUACAAAGUACGAUACACGCCGCUGCUACCGGGACACUACUACAUGACCAUCAAGUACAACCAGAUGCAUAUCGUUGGAUCGCCGUUCAAAAUCAAGUGCACAGAUAUAUCCCCCACAGGUGACAAACUGGCGGAAGAAGGCGGCCAGGAAACGUCCUCGGUCAUAGUGGAAACGGUAGCCAAGGUGUCCAAGGGAGGCAACAGAACCGGAGUCAUUCUACCCAUCUUCAAAUCGGACGCCAGCAAAGUGCAAUCCAAGGGCAUGGGACUUAAGAAGGCGUACCUAGGCAAACAGAAUCAGUUCACGUUGAACGCCGGAGAUGCAGGAAACAACAUCCUAUUCGUUGGCAUUUACGGACCGAAGGGACCCUGCGACGAAGUGUUCAUCAAGCAUACCGGCCGCAACCAGUACCAGGUAAACUACCUGGUUCGCGAACGUGGCGACUACAUUCUGCUGGUAAAAUGGGGCGACGACCAUAUUCCCGGUUCCCCCUUCAAGGUCGAAGUGUAAGCCGGCCCCUCUGGUCACCACCGGAGGAAAUAAACCAUCGCCACCGCCACGCCAUCACCGUCGUCCAUCCCCUCCCCACCACCAUUUCGAAGAAAUGCGUCGUUGUGUGUGUGCGCGUUAGUUGUGCCUCUUCUCAGAACAAAAGAAAAAAGAACACUUCAAACCACUACUUGUUUUGGGGAAACCUCAGCCGACACCGUUUGAAGGUCUCGGUAUCCGCCAUUUUGUUUUAUUUUGAUUAAGAAACACAAUCACCCCCUACAAAUGCCAAUCCCGCACAGAAAGGGCCAGUCAGUGUCAUUUUAAGUUACAUACUCUACUCUUGGAGCCAGCAAACUAGAUUUUAUUCUUGAAAGACAUGAUCAAUGAAAACACAGAACUUUAACAUCUCGACGUCCUGCAUACAACCAACACUCAAAACACUACAACAGCGGGCCUUUUCAUUGGACAGUUUUGUCCAACUGUCAUUUUCCAUAGAAGAAUUAUAAAAGAGCUCAAAAUCAGCUUACCGUUUAUUGCGAAAAGGUCUCGACAGAAGCAAUUUGUUUUUUUUAGAUAGGAAAGUUCACAACCAGGCGGGACCUAACACAGCGUUGUAACAGUCCGGCAAUAAAUAAGUUUAUGAAAAUUCAGAGUUCUCUCACAAACAAAAAAUCAAAACGAACACGUGCCUCCACUUUUAUACAAUAUAAACGAGACAAAGACAAACACGACUUUGAACACCACCACCCCACAAUCACAUGAGACCCGGUCACGCAGCUAAACUACAGCCAUCAGCAGCGCGAGAGCGAGAGAAAGAGAAAACAUAUUAAUGUUAUUCUAGUUAUUAUUAUCAAUUUACGAUAAUGUUCGAUUAAGUUUAUCCUUCCGAGUCUUUUGAUAAUUUUAUUUUUUAAUCCGUUCUUCAAAUGAAGCAUCACUAUUGUUUUUCCAACCUUUCCAUCGUACUCUGUUUUUACCCUCAUAGACUUUUUACGUUUUCUGUAAUUCGUUUAUCUCUUUUGUUUUCUUUAUUAGUUUUAACCUAUAUACGUUUAGUUUACCUUACGUUGAAUCAUUUUUAAGACCCAACAGAGAAGAAAUGGUAUCGAAAUUAUUUAUUAUUUCUUUCGAAAGGAACCAUUUUUAAAAAUAUCAAAAUAAAAACGUUAAAUAAUAAAAGUGUC